CGAUAUUUUCCCAUGUCUUCUGGUUCUUCUCUUUCCCCGCUGUACGCGCCACGCUUUGCGGAAGGUCUCCAAAUGCCGGCGGAAGACUGUCGCGACUAUCUACGAACAGGCCGAUGCAAGUAUGGGCCGUCAUGCAAGUAUAAUCACCCAGCUAAUGUACAAAGCGGAGGGGGUAUGCGGGCGCCUAUUGACCCUUCGGAACCACUCUUUCCCGUGCGUCUCAACGAGCCACUCUGCCAAUACUACAUGAAGCACGGCAGCUGUAAAUUUGGACAAGCAUGCAAGUUCAACCACCCUCCUCAGCUUAGCCACAGUUCACAAGUUGCAGGGGACACCCCUGUUACCGGCAAUGGGCGUAGUACCGACGUACCUGUCGUCUUCAGUCAAUGCGAUGGUCCAAUGAUGCUACAAUUUCUUCCACAACGCCCCGAUGAACCGGACUGCAUCUACUUUUUGAAGAAUGGACGAUGCAAGUACGGAGCAACUUGCCGCUAUCAUCAUCCGGUGAACUAUCACAAGCACCGCGCGGAGGAAUCUCGUCGUCAACAUCGAGCGCAACUUCAGGAGCAGUACGCGCCUCAAAAGGUACAAUACAUUGCCCAAACAGUGCCCAACGGAAACUUCAAGGGUCAGCACGUGAUGUCUGAUAACCCUUUGACUUUUAUGAGCUACGAUGUGCCAUCCGGAACUCCAGGGUUCCAGCCAAUGUCUCUUGUCAUGGGAGCCGAUGGUAGUACUUCGUACGCAACUCACAUCGGCCCAAAUAUAGUUACCGAGCAAGGAUCUUCGGCUUCAUCUAUUGCUUCUUCUUACGAAACGGCGCCAACAGGCUUUGAUCAAUUCCAAGGCGAUCCAUCCAUGUGGGCUCGUGCUCGACGCAACGGCAGUGGAAAUAGCCUGACAGCAUACACGAUCGACUCAUCUAAUCGAGGAGCGCGUCUUGCCAUGACUCACAGUCCAAGCGAGGGUAGUAUGGCUUCGCGCAGACAUCGUGCGAGCUCUCACGGAAGCGCGAGCGAGAGCUCCUAUCACGAUGUGAACCAAUCUGGAUUGAGUCGAAGCGGUUCGGUUGGUUCGUGGCGCAAUGAUCGAGUUCCUUCCUCUACCUAUGAUCGCCGGCUUCCGACACAAUACAUUUCAAGAAUAGACGGAGUUGUGAGCGAUCAACAACCGCGUGGACGACCCCCUUCUAUGUCCAUGGCACCAGGACAUCGACCCAGCCCCAGAAGCCGCAAACCAAGGGCGCACGGAGAAAAUGAUGAGGGCUUUACCAUGAUGACCUCCGCUCUGUUGAAUAUGCUUGACACACCGGAAGAGGCAUCGACUGAAAGCUUCAGCGACGAAGACAACAAUCGCUAUCGCUUACAAGAGCCGUGUGAAGAGCAACGCCCCCUAUACGGCGACCCGUUGGACGUCGAAUCAUCCAUGUUUGAACGUUUGUCUUUGAAUGGUGUAAAGCACAAUUACCAAAUUCGAUCCGUAUCAGAUACAAACACGAGUGAUUCAUGGUCUCCAACGUGGCAGGGUUCCUUAAGAGGGCCAGCUUCCCCUCCUGCAUCCUCACUCGAUGGCAAUGCUCAAGCUUUGUCGGCUAUCCCACCACGCCAUUCGCAAGGUCAUAACACCCCACCAUCCUCUGAUAUCGGUCUCUUUAUACCCUAG